AUGACCACUUUACUACUGGUCUUUGUGACUCUGAGGGUCAUCGCUGCAGUGAGCUCAGAAGAAGUUCCAGACCAUGACAACUCACUGAGCGUGAGCAUCCCUCAACCGUCCCCCCUGAAGGUCCUCCUUGGGACCUCCCUCACCAUCCCCUGCUACUUCAUUGACCCCAUGCAUCCUGUGACCACUGCACCCUCCACUGCCCCCCUCGCCCCAAGAAUCAAGUGGAGCCGUGUUUCCAAGGAGAAAGAAGUCGUGCUGUUAGUGGCCACUGAAGGACAGGUUCGAGUCAACAGCAUGUACCAAGACAAGGUGUCAUUGCCCAACUAUCCAGCCAUCCCCAGCGACGCCACCUUGGAAAUCCAGAACCUUCGCUCCAAUGAUUCUGGAAUCUAUCGCUGCGAAGUGAUGCAUGGCAUUGAGGACAGCGAAGCCACCCUGGAGGUCAUAGUAAAAGGCAUCGUGUUCCACUACAGAGCCAUUUCCACGCGCUACACGCUGGACUUUGACAGAGCCCAGCGGGCUUGCCUGCAGAACAGUGCCAUCAUCGCCACUCCUGAGCAACUGCAGGCUGCCUACGAAGAUGGCUUCCACCAGUGUGACGCAGGCUGGCUGGCUGACCAGACCGUCAGGUACCCCAUCCACACUCCUCGGGAAGGUUGCUAUGGAGACAAGGAUGAGUUUCCCGGAGUGAGAACCUACGGAAUCCGAGACACCAAUGAGACCUACGAUGUGUACUGCUUCGCGGAGGAGAUGGAGGGCGAGGUCUUUUAUGCCACCUCUCCGGAGAAGUUCACCUUCCAGGAGGCAGCCAAUGAGUGCCGGAGGCUAGGGGCACGACUGGCCACCACGGGCCAGCUCUACCUGGCCUGGCAGGGCGGGAUGGACAUGUGCAGCGCCGGCUGGCUGGCCGACCGCAGCGUGCGCUACCCCAUCUCCAAGGCUCGGCCCAACUGCGGUGGCAACCUCUUGGGUGUGAGGACGGUCUAUCUGCACGCCAACCAAACAGGCUAUCCUGAUCCCUCAUCCCGCUACGACGCCAUCUGUUACACAGGUGAAGACUUUGUAGACAUCCCAGAAAACUUCUUUGGGGUGGGUGGUGAAGAUGACAUCACCAUCCAGACAGUGACCUGGCCAGAUCUGGAGCUGCCCCUGCCCAGAAAUAUCACGGAGGGAGAAGCCCGGGGCACUGUGAUCCUCACUGCGAAGCCCAUCUUCGACGUGCCCCCCACUAUCUCAGAGCCAGAGGAGGCCCUUACCCUUGUCCCUGAUGUGAGGGCCACGGCCUUCCCUGGGGCUGGGGAGGGAACUGAAGAAGCCAGCAGGCCCUGGGGCUUUCCUGAGGAAACCACGCCUGGGUUGGGCUCUGCCACAGCCUUCACCAGUGAGGACCUGGUGGUGCAAGUGACCCUCGCCCCGGGUGCAGCUGAAGUCCCUGGCCAGCCCCGCUUGCCAGGAGGGGUUGUAUUCCACUAUCGCCCGGGCUCCACCAGGUACUCCCUGACAUUCGAGGAGGCACAGCAGGCUUGCCUGCGCACCGGGGCGGUCAUGGCCUCACCGGAGCAGCUCCAGGCUGCCUACGAGGCAGGCUAUGAGCAGUGUGAUGCCGGUUGGCUGCAGGACCAGACCGUCAGAUACCCCAUUGUGAGCCCACGGACCCCGUGUGUGGGUGACAAGGACAGCAGCCCCGGAGUCAGGACCUACGGCACGCGGCCGUCAUCAGAAACCUAUGAUGUCUACUGCUACGUGGACAAGCUUGAGGGGGAAGUCUUCUUUGUCACACGACUUGAGCAGUUCACCUUCCUGGAAGCACAGGCCUUCUGCGAAGCCCAGAAUGCCACCUUGGCCUCCACUGGCCAGCUCUACGCUGCCUGGAGCCAUGGCCUGGACAAGUGCUAUGCUGGCUGGCUGGCAGAUGGCAGCCUCCGAUACCCCAUCGUUACCCCUCGGCCUGCCUGUGGUGGGGACAAACCAGGCGUGAGAACUGUCUACCUCUACCCCAACCAGACCGGCCUUCCAGACCCGUUGUCUAGGCACCAUGCCUUCUGCUUCCGAGGUGUGUCCGUGGCGCCCUCUCCAGGAAGAGAAGGCGGCAUGCCCACAUCACCCUCUGACAUAGAGGACCGGAUUGUUACUGGGGUGGGGCCCGCCGUGAAUGCUGUACCACUGGGGUCAGAGACAACCACAGGGCCAUAUUUCACCACUGAGUCAGAAAAACAGACGGAAUGGGAACCAGCCUACACCCCAGUGGGUACAUCCCCGCUGCCAGGUAUUCCUCCCACGUGGCUUCCCACCACCCCAGCUGCAGAGGACCACACUGAAAUCCCCUCUGCCCCAGGAGUGCCUUCCACCUCCGAAGAGCCAUAUACAGCAUCACCUGCAACGCCACGUGGAACAGAGCUGCCAGGUUCUGGGGAGGCAUCAGGGGCACCUGACCUCAGCGGUGACUUCACAGGCAGUGGAGAAGCUUCGGGACACCUUGUCUCCAGUGGGCAGCCAUCAGGGACCAGUGAAAGUGGACUUCCCUCUGGUGACCUUGACUCCAGUGGCCUCAGCCCCACGGUGAGCUCAGGCCUGCCAGUAGAAAGUGGAUUGGCCUCAGGGGAUGGAAAAGGAGUGGAGUGGUCCCGGACUCCUACAGUUGGCAGGCUGCCCUCUGGAGGGGAGGGCCUAGAAGGUUCUGCCUCUGGAACAGGAGACCUUAGCGGGCUGCCUUCUGGAAGGGAAAUGAUAGAAGCAUCUGCUUCUGGAGCAGAAGAUACCAGCGGGCUUCCUUCUGGGGGAGACAGUCUAGAAACUUCCACCUCUGGUGUAGAGGAUAUCAGUGGGAUUCCUACUGGAAGAGAAGGUCUAGAAACAUCUGCUUCUGGAGUGGAGGACCUCAGAGGAUUUCCUACUGGACAUCCAGAAACAUCUACCUCUGGAAUAGAGCACAUCAGUGUAUUUCCUACUGGAGGAGAAGGUCUAGAAACUUCUGCUUCUGGAGUGGGAGACCUGAGUGGACUUCCCUCGGGAGGAGAAAGUCUAGAAACAUCUGCCUCUGGUACAGAGGAUGUCACCCAGCUUCCUACAGAAAGAGAGGGUCUAGAGACUUCUGCCUCUGGAGUAGAGGAUGUUAGUGAGCUUCCUUCUGGAACAGGAGGUCUAGAGACUUCUGCCUCUGGAGUAGAAGAUAUUAGUGGACUUCCUUCUGGAACAGGAGGUCUAGAGACUUCUGCCUCUGGAGUGGAGGACAUCAGUGGGCUUCCUUCUGGAACAGGUCUAGAGACUUCUGCCUCUGGAAUGGAGGAUAUCAGUGUGCUUCCUACUGGAAGAGAAGGUCUAGAAACUCCUGCCUCUGGAGUAGAGGAUGUUAGCGGACUUCCUUCUGGAACAGGAGGUCUAGAGACUUCUGCCUCUGGAGUAGAAGAUGUUAGUGGACUUCCUUCUGGAACAGGAGGUCUAGAGACUUCUGCCUCUGGAGUGGAGGACAUCAGUGGGCUUCCUUCUGGAACAGGUCUAGAGACUUCUGCCUCUGGAAUGGAGGAUAUCAGUGUGCUUCCUACUGGAAGAGAAGGUCUAGAAACUCCUGCCUCUGGAGUAGAGGAUGUUAGUGAGCUUCCUUCUGGAACAGGAGGUCUAGAGACUUCUGCCUCUGGAGUAGAGGAUGUUAGUGAGCUUCCUUCUGGAACAGGAAGUCUAGAGACUUCUGCCUCUGGAGUGGAGGAUGUUAGCGGGCUUCCUUCUGGAACAGGAGGUCUAGAGACUUCUGCCUCUGGAGUGGAGGAUGUUAGUGGGCUUCCUUCUGGAAUAGGAGGUCUAGAGACUUCUGCCUCUGGAGUGGAGGAUGUUAGCGGACUUCCUUCUGGAAUAGGAGGUGUAGAAACUUCUGCCUCUGGCAUAGAGGAUGUUCAUGUGCUCCCUACUGAAGCAGGUCUAGAGACUUCUGCCUCUGGAGUAGAGGACAUCAGUGUGCUUCCUACUGAAGCAGAAGGUCUAGAAACUUCCAUCUCCGGAGGCUAUGUCAGUGGGAUUCCUUCCAGUGGAGAUGCUAUAGAAACUUCUGCUUCUGGAGUAGAAGGUGUGAGUGGCUUCCCUUCUGGAGGAGACGGUCUAGAAACUUCUGCAUCUGGAGUGGAGGAUCUUGAGCUUUCCACCAGGGAAGGCCUGGAGACUUCUGCCUCAGGAGUAGGUGUUACUGAGCCUCCUUCUGGAAGAGAGAAUCUAGAGACCUCUGCUUCUGGGGUAGGUGAGGACCUCAGUGGGCUUCCUUCUGGAAAAGAAGGCCUAGAGACCUCAGCGUCUGGAAUUGAGGACCUUGGUGGGUUGCCUUCUGAAAAAGAUUUGGUAGGUUCUGCUUCUGGAGCCCUGGACCUUGGCAAGCUACCUUCUGGAACUCUAGGAAGUGGCCAAACUCCAGAAGCAAGUGGCCUUCCCUCUGGAAUUAGUGGCGAGUAUUCUGGAGUGGACAUUGGAAGUGGCCCAUCCUCUGGCCUGCCUGACUUCAGUGGACUUCCAUCCGGAUUCCCGACUGUCUCCCUAGUGGACAGUACCUUAGUGGAGGUGGUCACAGCCACCACCGCCAGUGAACUGGAAGGAAGGGGAACCAUUGGCAUCAGUGGUGCAGGAGAAGUAUCAGGGCUGCCCUUUGGUGAGGUGGACAGUAGUGGGGACACCAGUGGUCUCCCUUCAGGAACUGAACUCAGUGGUCAAGUAUCCGGGUCUCCUGAUGUCAGUGGAGAAACAUCUGGAUUUUUUGAUGCUAGGAUCCCUGACACCAGUGGGCAGCCGUCAGGGAUCCCUGACACCAGUGGGCAGCCGUCAGGGAUCCCUGACACCAGUGGAAUGUCUGUAGUGACUGAGCUUAGCGGACUGUCCUCUAGACAACCAGAUGUCAGUGGAGAAGGGUCUGAAGCACUCUUUGGCAGUGGCCAGCCCUCUGGCAUACCUUUUGUGAGUGGAGAAACUUCUGGGCUUCCAGAUCUCAGUGGGCAGCCCUCAGGGUCUCCAGUGUUCAGCGGAACAACACCCAGUACCUCCGACCUGGUUUCUGGCACCAUGAGUGGCAGUGGGGACUCUUCUGGCAUUACGUUUGUGGACGCCAGUCUUGUUGAAGUGACGACCCCUAGUACACUUAAAGAAGAAGAGGGCUUAGGAUCUGUGGAACUCAGCGGCCUCCCUUCAGGGGAGACGGAUCUGUCUGGCACAUCUGGGACAGUGGAUGUCAGUGGCCAAUCUUCUGGAGCAGUCGAUUCCAGUGGACUCCCAUCCUCAGCUCCAGAAUUCAGUGGCCUCCCGAGUGGAGUAGCUGAGGUCAGUGGAGAAUUCUCUGGAGUCGAGACUGGGAGCAGCUUGCCCUCGGGAGCAUAUGAUGGCAGUGGACUUGCUUCAGGUUUCCCUACUGUGUCUCUUGUAGACAGAACUUUGGUGGAAUCUAUAACCCAGGCUCCAACUGCUCAAGAAGCUGGAGAAGGGCCUUCAGGCGUUUUGGAACUCAGUGGUACCCAUUCUGGAACACCAGACAUGUCAGGGGACCUUUCUGGGUCUCUGGACCUAAGCACACUGCAGUCUGGGCUGGAACCCAGCACAGAGCCCCCGAGCUCUCCAUAUUUUAGUGGGGACUUUUCUGGCAGCACUGAUGUAAGUGGAGAAUCCAUUGCUAGCACAACCGGCAGUGGGGAAACCUCAGGACUUCCGGAAGUCACUCUAAUCACGUCAGAGUUAGUGGAGGGUGUGACGGAACCAACCGUUCCCCAGGAACUUGGCCAGGGGCCUUCUGUGACACAUACUCCUGGGCUCUUUGAGGCCAGUGGGGAAGCCUCAGCAUCUGGGGACCUUGACAGAGCUGUGACAGACUCCCCUGGGUCUGGGAUAGAAGCAUCUGUCCCAGAAGCAAGCAGUGAGGCUGGAGCAGGAGUAUCCGCUGCCCCUGAGGCCAGCAGUGACCUGUCUGGGUUCCCAGAGCCACAUGAAAUCACCUCUGCCUUCCCUGCAGCAGAUCUAGAGGCCACAACCUCAGGUGCGGAGGUGAGCAGCACCUCAUGGACCUUUCAGGAAGGCACCAGGGAGGGGUCUGCUGCUCCGGAAGUGAGUGGAGAAUCUCCCACUACCUCCAAUGUAGACACAGACACUUCAGGCAUGGCUUCUGCCACUCCCGUGUCUUCGGGAGACAGGACUGAAGUCAGUGGAGAAUGGUCUGGUCACACCUCAGAGCUGAAUGCCGUCAUCAGCACCACCCUCCCAGAGUCUGAGGGAGCCCAGCCUACCCAGAGCCCUGAAGAGAGGCAUCAAGAAAUCGAAUCCCCGAUCCCUUCAUACUCAGGAGAGGAGACCCAAGCAGCAGAAACAAGCAUCUCCCUGACAGAUGCCCCCAACCCCUCUUCUCCAGAAGGGUCAGGGGAAACAGAGGCAGCUGCUGCAGACCAGGAACAAUGCGAGGAGGGAUGGACCAAGUUCCAGGGCCACUGUUACCGCCACUUCCCUGACCGUGAGACCUGGGUGGAUGCCGAGAGACGGUGUCGAGAGCAGCAGUCACAUCUGAGCAGCAUUGUCACGCCGGAGGAACAGGAGUUUGUCAACAAAAACGCUCAAGACUACCAGUGGAUAGGUCUGAAUGACAGGACCAUCGAAGGGGACUUCCGCUGGUCCGAUGGACACUCCCUGCAAUUUGAGAAGUGGCGUCCCAAUCAGCCUGACAACUUCUUUGCCACUGGAGAGGACUGUGUCGUGAUGAUCUGGCAUGAGAAGGGCGAAUGGAAUGAUGUCCCCUGCAAUUACCAGCUGCCCUUCACUUGUAAAAAGGGCACCGCCACCACCUACAAGCGCAGGCUACAGAAGCGGAGCUCGAGACCCACACAGAGGAGCCGCCCCAGCAUGGCCCACUGA